GACUCGCCUAAGAAAUCCUAAAACGGAAUUCGAGCAUGCUUUCUCGUGUCGCACGAAUAAUUGGAAAAAAAAAAAAAAAAAAAAAAGAGAAACAAAGCAACUUUCCACCCUGAGUUUCUGAUGUCCCCAAUUCCUGGAACUCGCCCGAAGACCCUGGGCCUGAGGGUUGAUAACUCGGAGGAAAAAGUAGGGAUGAAUCGAAUCCGAAGAUGCCUCGAGUCCUGAAUCUCUCAUGAUGAUCUGCAUUCCAAAGGCAACUGCCAUAGAUCUGUGUCAACAAGCUCUUGCCCUCCCUUGCGUCCUGAUUCCCAUUCCUCCUUGCUUGUCACGCAGCCCUUCCAGCCCAGCACCGACAUUUCACAGCCUAUUCUGCAUGGCACCGCAAGCCCGGCCCUUGGCUGGCGCUUUGCUGACUCCCCCGAGAGCUUUGACUUUAUUCACGUUCACCGACUGCGAUAAAAUGAUCGCCUUGAUUGGAGCCUGGCCUGGUCUAGUCUGAGCAAACAAAGACAACAGACAGCCGAUGACAUCGCUCGGUCAUGGCUUUUCAAAUGAUGCUUCUAAUUAGUCUUGAAUUUUGACUUCUUCUUCUUCUUCUUUGCACAUAUUGAGUCACCUAUGGCAGACUUUCCUCUUCCCUCUACAGACCUCAAGUCAAGUUGACCUAGGGAGUGACUCUCCCUCCUUCCGCCAGGAUGGGAGACGUUUCGCCGACUCCACAUCAGCUUUUGGUAGAAGCUAUUGUCUUUUGGAGUAUAGCAGUCGUCAUAUAUGUCGGCAGGAUGAUCUCGCGAACAAUUGCAGGUGGAUCAGUCAAACGUUUAUUCUGGGACGAUUAUGUUAUGACAGCUACUUUUAUAAUAUACACCACCCUGCUCAUUCUCAUUCAAAUUUCCGCACGUUAUGCCACGAAUCUCAUGGACCCCGAUGAUUAUGCCGAAGUAUUGUCAGACCCACAGCAAGUCCGCGAUCGCAUCUACGGAAGCAAGAUCGUAAUCGGCUUGGAACAGUGCAUGCUGGUAUCGACAUGGGGCGUGAAGACAUGCAUGUUGAUUUUAUACUGGAGGAUUACGCAGAACCUCCGCUCCAACUUGUACAUCAAAAUACUCUGUGUGUAUGUGGCACUCGGCUUCGUCGUCAUCAUGAUCACCUACUACGGAGUGUAUUGUCGGCCAUUCAGCCAAUACUGGGCGAUGCCAGUUCAAAACAUGCAGUGUGCGACCUACCAGUAUUACUCGAUCACGCAAGCAGUUUUCAACAUCUCAUCGGACGCAAUGAUGUUCGCCGUUCCCAUUCCACUCCUCGUCAAAGCCCAGCUCAAGCGACGCCGGAAGGUCUUGCUUCUAGGUGUCAUGAGUCUGGGCCUGUUUACCAUAAUCGCGGCGAUCCUCAACAAGUAUUUCAAUUUCGCCUCUCCUCUCACAACCACCUAUCAAAUCUGGUACAUCCGUGAAGCAAGUACCGCGAUCUACGUCGCGAACUUGAUGUGUUGGUGGCCUCUAUUGCGAAAAUUGUUCGGACUCAAGGCCUUCUCGUACAACAGCAACCGCGGGAACAGAGCGCGGAAUCCCAACAAUCAGAACAAGGACGCCAGUGGCUAUUCCGAAGGUUCCCGAUCUCGACCCUCCGUUUCCCUUCCCUGUCCAUUGAAGUUCAUGCCAGGCUUCCGCCAUGCGGGCCAGAACGCUCAUACAGGGGGACAGAGGGAUACGGACCGCUCUAGCCAGGAGGCCAUUACACACGCUUCGAAUGACUACAUGGAGGAGAUUCAUCGAAUUGAUGCCGUUGCACUGGAAGACUGGAGUGGAAAGGGCAGACGGGAUUUUGACAUUGAACACCAAAAAGGGACUAGUCAGGAUUCCAUUACGGUGUUCGAGACGGAUCAAUCAAAGAGCUCCUCUCGACAGGACCACGUUCACAAAGUGACAUGAAAUGAUGUUGUUAUUGGUGUAUAGGACUGUCUUAUCUACCGGCGUUUGGUAGAACUUUUUCUCGUCUACAUCUCUUCUUUCUUGAUCGAUUGUCGGACAUUUCUAUUGUUCGAUACCCUCCUAGGGUGUAUUGACUCCAUCAACCCCUUUCUAUUGACUGUUCAAAUAGAACCAAAGGGAUAUACCCUGGCCACACAUGUUAAUUAUUGAUUUCGAACCCAAUUUUAUGGAGUUCACUUUUUAUAAGGUAGAUAGAAACAAUACUAAGUAGUCAUGGUUGCA